GAAGUUAGUGUCGAAACUUCAGAAACCCAAAAGCUCCGUUAAGAUUUAAAUUGCGUUCAUGGCCACCAGCGUCAUGCAUCCGAUCCCCAAGCGCACGAAAGACUCUGCGGCUCGCCCGCCCAUGCAGCGCAGUCGAAGCAAUGGCAGUCGCCCUGUCAAGCCCAUGAGCCACGGGCUAAGCCAUGGCUUCCAGAUGGACCUUAAACAAGCGGUUCAGCUCGAGAAGCAAGAGCUCCAGAAGAGAGGUUUGUUGCCUCCCCGCUUUGUGACAGAUCCGCUGCCCAAGAUGACGACGUCUGAGGACGAAUACGACGAGAACUCGUCCUAUUGGCUCUUCAGUCAACGGAGACUCGCACGCAGAGCGGCGUCCUUCACUACUGGAGCCUGUCCGCUCAUGCCGUGUUCGCCUCCUAUGCCAAUUCCACAGCACGAAGCUCAGCGUCGCCACAGCGCGGCAGACAUGAAACAUGAGAGUUUGAGCGCAUCACAGUGCGAGGCCAGACUGUGGGAUGAGUUCUGGAACUACAAACUGUCCUUCGAGUCACGCGAAUCGCUUAACAUUAGCGCUCAAGCCAGCGACCACCUGGACGGAAGGACAGCUCAACUCAAGAACAGAUCUGAGUCAUCUGCAGACACGGAGAUCGAUCACGAAGACAUGAAUGGUCCAGAGCAAGAAGAGCACGUCCAUCGCUAUGGAGAUGUGUUCGAGAUGGACGACCUAUAG